AUGCCUCUGCCAAGAGCCGACAGCGAGGCUCCGCCUGCCUACGACACGGAUCACAUUGGCCCCCAUAACGACAGCUACCGCAACUCCAGCAGCAAUGGUACUUUCGUCAACGACAAUGAGGGCGCCGGCUUCGGUCAGCGAAGAGUCUCCAAAGCAACUCUCCUACGCAACCCUCUAGCUGGCAUGACUCGAGAAGAGAUCCUCGCUGAUGUUGACGCUUUCGUCGAGUCCAAGGGCCUCUCCGAGCACCGCGAGGAUUUCCGAAAGGGAGCUCUUGUCGCUCAAGUCAACAACACCCCCGGUGGCUUUGAGAAAAUCGACAUGCUGUCUGAAGAUGACAAGGCGAUCCUGAGAAAGGAAGAGACAUCGCGAUGGCAUCAGCCCUUUGCUUUGUACUUUCUCUGCACUCUUUGCGCCGGAUCGGCUAUUGUUCAGGGUAUGGAUCAGACCACCGUCAACGGUGCGCAGGAAUUCUACUUUAAGGAAUUCGAUAUCACGAACGUAUGGAUGAAAGGGUUGACCAAUGGUGCUCCUUAUCUUUGCUCUGCCGUUGUCGGUUGCUGGACUAGUCCGAUUCUCAACAAGUACACCGGCCGCCGCGGAACCAUCUUCAUCUCUUGCGCUAUCUCUACGAUCACUGGAUUCUGGAUGUCUAUCACUACCUCCCUCUGGAAUUUCUUGUUUGCUCGUUUCAUGCUUGGUUUCGCUGUUGGCGCAAAGUCUAGCACAACACCCGUUUACUCUGCCGAAUCUACACCGAAGAACAUUCGUGGAGCCCUAACUAUGAUGUGGCAGAUGUGGACUGCUUUCGGUAUCGCCCUUGGCUUUAUCGUCUGCGUUGCUUUUCAAAACGUCACUAUAAUUGGUGGAGAGAACUCUCCAUGGCGAUGGAUGAUGGCUUCGACCUCUAUUCCCCCGCUCAUUGUCAUGCUCCAAGUGUACUUUUGUCCUGAAUCUCCCCGCUGGUACAUGGAACGCGGCCGAUUUGACAAGGCUUUCCGAUCCGUCAAGAAGCUUCGCUUCUCACCUGUCCAAGCUACUCGCGAUAUGUAUUAUGCUUACAAACUACUGGAAAUCGAGCGUGGGGAACGAGAAGGUCGGAAUCUGCUCAAGGAGUUUUUCACUGUACGCCGCAACAGACGUGCUGCUCAAAGUGCCUGGUUCUGCAUGUUCAUGCAGCAGUUCUGCGGCGUAAAUGUGAUUGCAUACUACUCUACUUCAAUUUUCACCGACGCCAACUACAGCCUUUCUGAGGCCCUCCUCGUCUCUAUGGGUGGCGGCAUCAUAAACUUCCUCUUCGCCAUCCCUGCAAUCUACACCAUUGAUACAUUUGGACGCAGAAACCUUCUUCUGGUAACCUUCCCUCUCAUGGCAGCGUGCCUCUUCUUCACUGGUGGAGUGUUCCAACUUCCCGACCAACCACGUGACCCCAAGAUCGGCACUAUCACUCUGGGCCUCUAUCUCUUCAUGGCAGUCUAUUCUCCCGGCCUUGGACCCGUGCCUUUCACCUACAGCGCUGAAGCGUUCCCUCUCCAUAUCAGAGACAUUGGUAUGGCUUCCAGUACAGCCAUCACCUGGGGCUUCAACUUCAUCAUCAGCCUUACCUGGCCAGCUCUACGAGAGGCCUUCUCUAACACUGGUGCUUUCGGCUGGUAUGGUGCCUGGAACAUCUUCGGUUGGGUCUUCUGCUACUUCCUCCUCCCUGAGACCAAGAACUUGACCCUCGAAGAACUCGAUAACGUUUUCGGUGUCUCUAACAGAGAGCAUGCCUCAUACUACUGGAGGAAGCUGCCCUGGUACCUCAAGAAGUACAUCUUGCGCAAAGAUGUUGCUCCUUUCCCUCCCCUGUAUGAGUUUGCUGCCAAUGACGGGAAUUAUCCUCACGAGAAGCCUGAUACCAGCCACAUUGAGGGCGACAACGCUGUUGGAGGUACUCAGGAUAAGGAACUCUUCCCUGGACCGCGAUGA